UGGAAAGGAGAUUUAUCCAAUAACCUGGUCCAACCUUCACUAGCCUGAUCGACCGUCUUCCUCUGAGUAGACACAAUAGUACGACAAAAUGUCACGCAGGGCGAUUAAGGCGAUUAAUUGGGCAGCGCUUGCUGAAAGAAUUCCGGAGACAGAAAAAGCAGCGUUCUCUGCCUUUAAAGCCAAGUCCGAUCAACAUUUGCAACGAAUGAACGCAUACCCAGAAACAAUACCCAAGAUUGAUUGGGCAUUCUAUAAGAAGAAUAUCGCAAUGCCUGCAUUAGUGGACAAAUUUCAGAAGGAAUAUGAGGCUUUCUCUGUGCCAUAUCCGGCAGAUAAAUACACCUCUGUAAUUGAGGAUGAGGAAAAGCGAAUAUUGGUAGAAAUAGAAAACUUUAUAAAAAAAACUAAUGAGAAGAUCGGCAUAGCUAACAAGGACAUUGAGAAGAUAAAGAGUAUGUUGCCAUUUUCUGAAAUGACAAUGGAAGAUUUCCGAGAUGCCUAUCCGAAAUAUGCUUUGGAUCCAAUUAACAGACCGACAAUAUGGCCGCACACACCUGAGUUCCAGCCGGAAGAAACCAGCAAACAUAAACCAUCACCAGAUGGUGAAGAUCAUUAACACUAUAAUGGUCUUAAAACAGCUGAAUAUGGAAUGUAGUCCUAAUUUACUUCUAGAAUAUGAUUCAAAGCUAUGUAUGUAAUUUGGAAAAGAAAUUGUUGUUUGUUCCUAUUGUCAUUGCAUAUAUCUGGAAGUAAAUGAAUGCGUCUAAAAAAGGAAGGAACCAUCCUUUUAUAACACUGCUUAUGUAUUGUAAGCAAAUAAGGGAAGAAUACAGAAAUAUUCGAGUAUACUUGGAUGCGCGUUCAAUAAAGACAGAGAUAUUUACUCAAUCUCAAAAACUAUUUGGGAUUGUUUUAAAAUAUUAGAAUUGUCUUUACAAAAAUUUAAAUUACUAUUUAAUAAAUGCAUGUCUUGUACAGUGUACAUUGAAGUGUUUUAAUAAUUACAGCUGAAAAAUUUGUCCGUAAAUGGAGUCAUGAAUUGAGAGUAAUUGAAGAUAAUAUGUCAGUAUGUUUAAUUAUGUUUUUUUUGUUUAAUAACGAUGUCUGUAUUAAUACGCAAUUAAUACACAGA